AUGUCGAACACGGGCAACUCCUCCUCGUCGAGCACAACAGGCCAGGCACAGCCAAACAAAGGCGCUGUGCCGUCCUUUCUUCAACGACGAUUUCCACGCGCCGCCUUUGUUGCCAACAAGAUCAUCACCUCCCGCACAGGUCGUACCACCGCGAAAGCGUGGUCCUACCGCCGCCCUCUCCUCUUUGGCUUCUUCGCAACUUACACCGCUAUUGGCUAUCUCAAGCUCAAACGCGAUGCCUACCUUCGUGACUUUGUGCACCCCGAUACUUACUUGGUUUGGAAGAUCUACGAUGGCUCUAUCGUUGAGUCACGCGGGCCUCCCUCAGUCAGCGCGCUCAUUAAUGCUCCUGCGGCCGGUGAGGAUGCGCCGCAUGUGAUGGAGUUGUUCGAGGUCAUCCGGGCGCUGAAGUGGGCUCAAGCAGACGAGCGCAUCAAGGGUAUCUUUGCCGACUUUUCCGGCUUACAUCUUCCUUCGUCAGUGACACCAAAUCGACUUGGCCUAGCACAGAUCGAGGAGCUGAUGCAAGUUCUUCACGAAUUCAAGCGGGCCAAGAAGCAACAGCAUGGAGAAAAGGCGCGGCCGUCGAUUGCUUGGGCAGACACGUUCAACAGCCAAGGCUCCUUCCUCCUCGCGUCCGCUUUCGAUGAGCUGUGGAUGCAGCCAACAGGCUCAGUCCCAUUAACAGGUCUCGGUGCUCAGAUUCCUUUCUUCAAGAAGGUCCUCGACUACUUUGGCAUCAAGGUACUUGCUGAAGCACGACGAGAGUACAAGUCAAUGAUCUCUACUUUCAACCGCGAAGAAUCGCUGUCGGCACCGCAAAUCCAAAACGAAGCCGAGCUGCUGGGUGAGCUCAACCGCGGUCUCAUUCACGCAGUUGCAGUCAACCGCUACCCUGAUGAGGAUCCAGAUACCAUGUCAGGCAAGCUCGAACAGUGGAUGAAGGAAGGUCCCUUCUCGACACGCGAAGCUAAGGAGCUUGGUCUCAUCAAUGGUGCAGCUUUCAAAAGGGAUAUCAUCAAGCGUCUUGUUGAUCCCAAGCACGGCGGCAACGAGGAGACAAAGUUCAAGUCCCUACACCACUACAACAAGGUCACCAACCGUGGCCUUGAACGACAGCUCAACGACGACGAGGUGGUACAGGUUGGUGUCGUCUACCUUCUUGGUGGCAUCAGCUCGGCACCCGGCGAGUUCUCGACCUCCUCCGUGCUCAAGGGUCUCAAGGAAGCGGCAGAGCACAAAGAUAUCAAAUCGAUCGUUCUGCGUAUCGACUCGGGUGGAGGAGACGUCGUUGCCAGUGAGUCGAUCUGGGAUGCUGUCAAGCGCGUGCGAGAGGACUAUGGCAAGCCAGUAGUUGCAUCUUUCGGUAACGCUGCUGCUUCGGGUGGCUACUACGCUGCCAGUGCCGCUGAUGCCAUUCUUGCUUGCGAGAACACCGUCACCGGAUCCAUCGGUGUCGCAUCUCUCCGUCCUACUAUCACACGGGCUUUCUUCGACCGCUUCAAUGUCGGUAUUCAAUCGUUCUUCACCAGCUCCACUUCGCAAUCGACGUUGCACGAGCUCAACGAGGCACAGUGUGCCAAGUCGGCCAAGCACAUCGACCAGAUGUACGACGACUUCCUGCAGAAGGUCUGCGAUGGACGUAACAUCUCGCGAGACGUGAUCGAAAGUCUGGCCGGAGGAAGGGUCAUGACUGGUCUCAGCGCAUGGGCUCGAUGCAAUCCAGAUGCAGAACUCGAGUGGGCUCAAUUUAGCAGCGGUGCCGGAUCAGAAGCUGGUACUCCUCGAGCUGAGAAGGUUGUCGAGCUCGGUCAAGAGGCUGAAGCUGAAAAGCCUGCCACUGGCAAGAAGGCAGAGGAGAAGGAUGUGCAGGAGAGCGUCAAAUCAGCCGUGCGCAGGAUCAAGGCCGUCAGUCUCACAAGCCAAUGGAAGACGAAGGAGGUCGCCGCCAGCAGUGGCAACAACACGAUCAUGAUCGAACGUGUCGGUCCCACUCAGCCUUCCGCCUCUUCUUCCUCGUCCGCUUCUUCCGCCGGUGAAAACGGCGACAAUGACGAGCACAACCGAAUCCUCUCUGACCUGAUUGCAAGAGCAGAAGAAGCUCUCUUGGGCCGCUCUGAUGCUGCUGUCAGCUCCAGCAGCCAAUCUGCCUCCGACUCGUCUUCGUUCGAGAAGCCCUUGACAGGAGCCGAAAAGCUCAAGAAGCGAAUGGAGGAAGAAGAGUCGCGUCUUGCCAUGGCUGCUCAUUUCGCCGCCGAAAAAUCUCGCAAGUCAGAUAGCGAUGCCGAGAUCAAGACCGCUGGAGUCGUCGCAAGUGAAUCUGACGCUGCUGCUGACGCCGCCAAGCUUGGCCCAUACGGCAAAGGUCUCGUUGACUCCAUCGGUGGUAUCUGGGAUUCUGCUUUCUUCGCCAUGACCCUUGCCCUUCAAGCUGAGAUCGAAUCUAUGGUCACCAAGGACAACCUCACCCUCGAGCAGGCCACUGCCAAGAUUCGUCCCGGUGCUGAUCGCGAAGUCACCGAAGAUGGCAUGCUUGCCCUAGCUACCGACUUGAGAGUGGUGCGAUUCCCUGAAGACAAGCCGUUCUGGAAGAAGGUUAAGGCGAUGAAUGCGAAGGGUGAUGAGCCGCAGUUGUCGUUAUUGCCUAGGUCGGUGAGCAACACCAUCGCAUUGAUGAUGCACGAGGCUGGAGAGAAGGCAGCGAGAGCAGCGGUGAGGAUGAUGAUCGCCACCGCUGCUGAUCCGAGUGGUAUUGCGGCUGCGUUUGAUGACCCGCAGCUGGCGGAGAAGUUGCGGGUCAACAAUGGAUUGGGUGCAGGUAACACCAGAGGCAGGGCGAGAGCCGAGUACCCUCUUGCUUCGCUGUUCAGCUAG